AUGAGAAGAGUCGAAAACACCGAAUGGGAGGAUAACUCGUAUGAGAAUUUGGAUAAGUUGAGUGAAGAAGAUUGCAACAAAGCAUGCCUUGACGACUGCAACUGUGAAGCAGCGUUCUAUGAAAACGGGAAAUGCAAAAAGCAGAGGCUUCCGUUCAGAUAUGGAAGAAGGUCACUGGAUAGCUCGAACAUGGCCCUCGUUCGCUUCAGUACAACCAUGGUAGUGGUACCCGACAUGGGAGGCGAUUCUGAUACUAAAUUAAUCACCAAGAAAGAGCAGCGUAUAGACAUCCUCAUCAUUGGCAUUGUGGUUAUGUCUAUAGGCGUCUUGGCCUUGUUCAUUUCUGUGCUCUUCGCUCACAAGAAACGUAAGGACUACAAGAAGAUAGGUAAGGAUGAUGGAGCUAACUUUGUCGAGGGCAUUUCACUGCAAGUGUUCACAUUCAAAUAUCUGUCCGAAGCAACAAAUGGCUUCAAGGAAGAGCUGGGGAGAGGAGCGUCUGGCACGGUGUUCAAAGGUGUUCUGCAAAAUGGAGAGAAAAUGGUGGCGGUGAAGAGGUUGGAGAAGGAAUUUGCACAAGGAGAGAUAGAGUUCCAGACAGAGCUCAAGACGAUUGGGAAGAUGUAUCACCGGAACCUAGUCCGGCUCCUAGGUUACAGCUUCGACAAAGACAAUAAACUGCUGGUGUUUGAGUUCAUGCGUAACGGGUCCCUCGCAGACAUACUUUUCAAUCAAGAGAAACGGCUUAGUUGGGAAGAACGGGUCGAGAUUGCUCGAGAUAUAUCGAGAGGGAUAUUGUAUCUGCACCAAGAGUGCGAUACGCAGAUCAUUCACUGUGACAUCAAGCCUCAGAACAUACUAAUGGACGAGAACUGGUGUGCCAAGAUAUCGGAUUUCGGGCUGGCAAAGCUAUUGAAGCAAGAUCAGACAAAUACGUAUACUGGGAUAAGAGGGACUAAAGGCUAUGUUGCACCAGAGUGGUACCAAAAGCAGCCAAUCACAGUGAAAGCAGAUGUUUAUAGCUUUGGAGUGAUGUUGUUGGAGAUCAUAUGUUGUAGGAAGUGUGUUGAUUAUAGCAGGAGUGAGGAUGAGGCAAUUCUUGGGGAAUGGGUUUAUGACUGUUAUGCAACAGGGAAGAUUGGGAGUCUGGUGGGGGAUGAAACGGUGGAGGGGAGGAAAGUGGAGAGGAUGGUGAAGAUAGGAAUAUGGUGCGUGCAAUAUGAUCCAUCGCUACGUCCAACUAUGAAGAAAGUUCUGCUAAUGUUGGAGGGAACUGUCGAGAUCCCCAUACCUCCAUGUCCUACUUCUUUCUUAAGUUCCAUCUAGCUUUUUAGUAUGAGUGUGCAUUCU